UGCUGUUCUAACAUUAGAACAAACUACCACCACGAUCAGGGUAUAUUGCCAUAGUUCAAUUUUUUUUUUUUUCGUUUCAUCUCAACUUAUCUCACAUUGAACAACGAUAGAAAGACUCCCUCAAGUCUCCUGCUGCUUGAUUUGAACACAACGCGAACCAAAACGAACAACAGCAGAAGAAAGCUGCAGACAGGCACGAAUUAUUGGUGUUGGUUGAUUGGUCCAAGCCAAGAACCGCUGCGCAACGCGACAAAUCGCGAACCACGACCAUUAUCAUCAUCAUCAUCGCCGACACGGAGUAUUUUAUUAUUGUAGCCGCGCGAGGCCACAUCCAAAAGAAAAAGAAAAAGAAAAUUUUUUUCGAAUCAUUUUCGAAUUUCGAUUCGACAGUUACCAGCAACUUUUUAGAUUUGUUCUUUAUUUAUUAUUAUUUUUUUACGAAUGUCAUCUUAUCAGUGAUUAUCUAUGAAUACCGUUCUUCGAAUUCAGAUAUAAAAACAGAUACUUAUCAACACAAAAUUAAAAAAAAAUGGAAAUUCAAGAAGAGCCAUUACCAUUGUUGACAUUAUCGAAUGGACAUCAUACAUCAACAACACAAAAUAAUGAUCGAAAUGGUAGUUCGAAUUCGGAUUCAGAAUCACAAGAUUCAUUAAGAAAUGGCAACAACAAUAGUCAAGAUUCGAAUCGUUUUAAUUCAUAUCUAAAUCGUGGUAGUGAAUUAUGGACACAUUGGACAUGGCUUGGUGGCCAAGGGAAAAUGUCAUUGAUGAGAUGUAAUUAUUGUCUAGUAAAUAAGCAGCUAAAAAAUGCUCCAAAAUGUCGCCGUCAUUUGAUCAAAUGUCAAAAAACACCCGAAGUUGUGCGUAAAUUUUUCGAACGUAAAGAAAUCGAAGCAUCACGAGUAUCUGCAUUUAUGCGUGAAAUACGUUCGAAAGAAGUAAAAUUUCCUCGUAAUCAACAACAACAGACAAACAAUUCGAAUUCAAACUUGGAAAAAGUUGAAUCAAAAUCACAUUUACCACCGCAUAUUCAUCGAUCAGCAUCAUCAAGAAUUGUACCUAAACCAACAGCCAAUGAUUUGAAACAUUUGAAUCAAAAACAACAACAGCAACAACAAACAAAUGGACAUCAUAAUCAUGAUCAAAAACAAAUUGCCAAAAAUCCUAAUAACGGUAUUAAUAAUGAUCAUUAUAAUCAUAAAAAUCAUUCAAAAUCAUCAUCAUCGAUAAUUGAAUCUACAAAUUAUUCGGCUACUGAUCUAAUGAACAAAACAAGUAUACUUAUGAAUUAUUCACCAUUGAUUAAUCGUUCGAUAAAAAAUAUGACCGAUCAAUCACCAUCAUCGCCAAAGACAACAACAAUAACAUCAACAUUGAAAACAACACCAACAAUAAUGGCAACUAAUCCGAUCAACAUGAAUGGCCGUAAUAAUAAUAAUAAUCAACUUAUUAGUCAAAAUGAUCAUCCAAAUUGUGAAAGUGGUGGUUCGAUUAAUUAUAAUCAUUUAAUUUAUCAAUUAAUGUCGAUGAAUUCAAUAUCACCAACAGCAGCAGCAGUUUCCGCUACAACUUCUCCAACUAAUGUAAUAAUGGAUAAUACAACCAUUGUUGAUCACCAUAAUAAUAGUAAUAACAAUAAUAGUAAUCGUUAUCCGAUAUUAUCGGGUAAAUUGAAACGUAAACAUCCUCAUUCAACCGUUAUUGAUUAUCAUCAUUCGAAUAAUGGUAAAGAAAAUAGUCUCAUAGUUCAUGAACCAACAAAAAAAUUGUCCAACAACAAUAAUCAUAAUCAAAAUGGUUUAAAUUUGUCCAACAGUAAUAAUACUGUUGUCAUUAAUUUGGAUGACAUGUCAAUGAUAUCUAAUCAUCAUAUUCAAGAUGACCCGAUUUAUUUCAAUCAAUUGGGCAAUGGACAUGAAGAAAGUUUAAUUGUAACAAUGAAUGGCAAUGGUCAUGUACGUAAAAGAAAACGUGACAAUUCUUUAUCAUCACCAUCACUAAAUAAUAAUAAUAAUAAUAAUUCAUCCAAUUUCAUUGGUAAAUCGGCUUUAUUCGUGCGUAAUGGUGGAACUAAUGGCAUUGAUCUUCGUAAUAAUAAUGAUAAUAAUAAUGUGAAUAAUUCAAUGGAACACAACGAAUUGGAAUCGCAAGAUAUUGACAUUUUACAUGAUGAUUUGAAUGAUCUCCUAAUGUCAGCAUUAAUUAGCCAUGGAAUCGAAUUGGAUUUUAUAAAGAAUUCAUAUUUCGAAAAAUUCAUUUCACAAUUGUUAAAAUUUUCUACAACAAAUAAAAAUUAUCAAUUACCAUCGAUGGAUACAUUAGUUUCGAACAAUAUAUUGAAUUUGAUAAGAAAAUUUGAUUAUGAAACUGCUAAAAUAUUUUCCGAAUGUGAUUCAAUAAUUGUUUCGUUCGAAAACAAUGAUGAACAUUCAUAUAGCAGCGAAAAUGAUGGUGUUACCGAUGAUGCAGCAUUGAUGACACAAUCAUAUGGCAAACCGUUGAUUCAACAAUAUAGCAGUGUUGAUUAUAAAAAUGGCCAAAUUACGAAAAAACAGCAACAAUUAAACGUCAAUCUGAUGAUUGCAUCAUCAAAUACAUGUUUGAAUUUAUUUUACAAAUCAAUCGUUUAUACAAGCCGAUCGCCAUCAUUAUUGCCCAACGAUGGUGAUAUCGAUGUCAAACAUCUUAACAAUCAAAUCGAUUCGUUGUUCAAUAAACUAGGUCCGGAUCGUAUAAAUGCCGUCAUACUGCCAUACAAAGCGGAUCGUUGCGCUAAGAUGAUUCAUUCAUAUCUGACCGCAUGCCAUUCUCAUAUUGUACCGUUAACAAAUUCAUAUCGUCUAUUUCAUCAAUUACUUUGUGAUAUAUGUCGUAUUCCGUCCAUACAUCGUGUUAUCACUAAAUCGAUGAUUUUAUUUCAAGAUUUAUUGACAACAACCGAAACUAUUGAUGAUAAUCAAUUUGAUUUUCAUGCAGAAAAUCAAAACCAUUGGAAACAAGUAUUUGAAUCGGAUAAACUGGGAAUCUUUCGACAAUUCAUAAGAUCGAAUGAUAAUCAUUGUUCAAUCAAAUCGAAUCAUCAAUCAAAUAAAAAUACCUAUUGGAUCUCACUAAAUAUGAUGCUUUGCUGGUUACUUGUUGCACGUUCAAGCAUAAUGAAAUUAUUCGAACAAAUACAUGAUGAUGAUAAUGAUUCGAAUAAUAACAAUAAUUCAAUGAAUCAACGUUUGAAAAAUAUUUUACAACAAAUCCAGCUUGAAAUUAGUCAAAUGGACCAAUUUUUUAAUCAGAUCUCAAUUCUAUUUAAUUUUUUGACACCUUUCAUCAAUGCCAUGCAUUUGAUUGAAAAUGAGUCCACCGUGAUCUCAGACAUCAUUAAAAUUUAUUAUGAUGUCAAGCUGGCCAUAAAUAACAAUAACUUUUUCAAUGGAAUACAAAAUGUUUGUGAUAAAACCGAACGUCAAACGAUCGACAGUAUUUUACAUGGCUAUUUAAAUGAACAAAAUUUCUCUCGUUAUUAUUUUCUUGCCUAUUAUCUGGAUCCACGAUUCCGUGAAGAUCGUCGUAUUGAAGAGAAUGAAGAAUUGACCGCACAAGUUUAUGAUGCAUUGUUUACCUAUGCUCAAGCGCUUGGUUGUGUGAACAAUGAGGAAGAGGAUCGUGAAAAACUUGUUGAUAGUUUAGAAGAAUUCCGUAACGGUGAUAAGCUAUAUGGAAUGCAGCUACUUAAAUGUCCAAAAUCUCCCAGUAAAUUCUGGAAACAUUUACGACGAUUUCCUGGAAGUGCUAAACUUGCUUAUUGUGCAUCGCGUCUGUUAUCCAUUUCGACACGUUCAAUGCUUAUGGCAGCACCACCAUCUGAUGAUCCAUGUGUACGAUCACUUUGCGAUCGAAUCAUUAAUCACCAUCGACGACAACAGCAACAAAAUGAUAAUGAUAAUAAUGAACUUGAUCAUGAUUGUCAGAUGGCAUGUGAAAAACUGUUGCCCAUUAGAUCUUAUCUUUUGUCCAGUAGCCAGAAAAUGCCGUCCAAUUUGAUCGAUGGUGAUGGAGGCGAUGUUGGUAUCAUUGACAAAAAUAUUGGCAUUGCAGGCAACACACCCAAUAAUAAUGGGAAAAGUUUACUCAAUCAACUCAAUUCAAACAUAUCUCAGAUAAUUUUUAAUGUGAUUAACUCAUUAGAUCAAUAUAGAUCAUUUAUUGCUCAACCAUUUUCCACCCGUGACUUAUCGACCUUUUUCAUUAAUAAUAAUCAUAAUAAUAUUGAUAAUCAUAAUCAUGAUAAUGAUAAUCAACAAUCAUGAGCGCCAACUCAACUUUAGUGAAUAAUAUUUAAAGUGCCAUCCAUUCGAAAACAAAAAA